AAAAUAGCCUUCUACCAGAAGCUUCCCUGAGUGGCCCACAGAUAAGCAGAGCAGGAUUAUUUCUAUGUGGCACUGCAAGUGGUCGUGUCUCUACGAUGACCACGUGUUGGUUCGCAAUAGUUCACUCCUGCAAGACUAUUUGAUUGGUUUCAGUAAGCCUGUGUCUGUUUGUUGUGUUUUUUUUACAGCUAUCCAACUGCAAAUGGAGCCCUUUCCUGAUCAGUUCAUGGAAUUCCACCCGAUCCAUGGUACAAAUGUCCGACUGGACUACUCAGGAACCCAGGCCACCCGGGUGGAGAGCUUCGCGAAUGGUGUGUGUUUCAGCAAACGGCCUCUGAAGCCCGGGGAGAUUUUUCUCAUAGAGAUCGAGGAUAAGGAGCUGGGCUGGUGCGGCCACCUCCGAGUCGGCCUGACUGCCAAGGACCCCAGGAGCUUAGAGGUGGUACCUGAAUACUCCAUCCCAGACCUGACAGACUCAGGGGACAGCUGGAUUUUUGCCAUUACUCGCAACCAUAACAAGAUCGUAGAGGAUUCUGGAGCAGGGGGUCAAGAGGCUGGAGACGGAGGACUGGCUGGGGGCCGGAGGCUUGGGCGAGGGGAGGUUGAAGAUGGAGCAGUAGGCGAGGGAGAUGGAGGAGGAGGCAACAACAACAACAAACCAAAGACUUUCUUCACUGACUCUCACUUGCACAUUGAGAAUGUUCGGAUCCCCAGAGACAAGCUGGUGGGUCGGAGCAGGCCCGGGCGCUACAGCCACAUUUUAGAUGACUUGUAUAAAACCAACUGCCUGCCUCCCACGGCCAGACGCAGCCGGAUAGGAGUACUGUAUGUGCUUAAAGGGCAAGACCUGGCUGAUAUGCACAUGGUCAUCAACGGUGAGGACAUGGGAGCUUCUGCAAAGGGGAUCCCCUCCACCCAGCCUCUCCAUGCUGUGGUGGACGUCUUUGCUGCUACUAAGUGUGUCCGAAUUGUCCAGGUGGAGUACGGAUUCUCGUCCUUGCAGACGUUGUGUAGGAAGGCCAUCCAGAAGCACAUUGUCCACAGGAUGGCCAUUGACUGGCUGGAGCUGCCAGAGGCACUGAAGCACUACUGCAAGUAUGAAUAAAGGACACAGACCUGCAAUGGACAGAAACUCCAGCGGUGGCCUAAAGGUUAGAGAAGCGAGCUUGUGACCGGGAGGCUGUCGGUUCAAUUGCCAGACCGACAUGAUAAAGUCUGGGUGGGGAGUGUACCUCCCUCAUUACCCCCACUGAGGUAACCUUUCGGAAGGCCCCUAACCCCAACUGCUCCAGUGGCGCUGCUCAGACUGUGGUCGUACUGGGCAGCUUCCAGGUGUGAAUGUCAGACACCGCCUACCAAGAGCCUGGGUCUGUCCAAGGUUUCUUCCUAAACAACUGUCACACAAAUGCUUGCUCUUGAGGGAAUUACUGGAAUUGUUGGGUCUUUGUAUAUUAGAGUGUGGUCUAGACCUACUCUCUCUACUCUACUCUAUCUGUAAAGUGUGUCGAGAUAACUGAUGUUAUGAUUUGAUACUAUACCUAAAAUGAACUGAAUUUGAUCAGGGUGUUCCUGCAAAAGAGAGUAUUUCUCUGUGUACCUAAAAGUGAAGUUAGUGAAGAUAAAAAAAUAAUAAUAAAGAAAAUGAAAAGGACAUUUAAUUUUAUGAUGGAAGUCUGUGUUUAAUUUAUAAAUUGUGCUCUUGAUACCUGCCUGAUACUUGAUACCGCUGAUGGAGUCAUUUCUCUGAGAUGGCAACUGCUAACUAAAAUAAAUUCACACUAUUUC